AUGGCCAGUUGGUCGAAGGAUAAUCUUUUACAGUUUAUAGAGGAGUUUAGGAAACAUGAAUGUGUAUGGAAGGUUAAGUCAAAAGACUAUCACAAUAGGGAAAAGAAGGAAGCAGCCCACCGUAGUUUACUAUUAGUAGUGAAAGGGUUUGACAGUACUGCAACAAAAAGCGAUGUGUUGAAGAAGAUAAACAAUAUCAGAAGUGCAUUUCGUAAGGAACAAAGAAAGGUAACAGCCUCUCAACGUUCUGGCAGUGGUACAGACGAUAUAUAUGUACCAAAGCUGUGGUACUACAGAGAACUUUUGUUUCUUAUUGACCAGGAAGAAUGUCUAGGAGGGACUUCCAACUUAGGAGAAGGAAGAGUCAGUGAAGACGAGGAGAUGCUGGACGAUUCACAAAAAGAACCAUUAGAUGCUGAGGAAAAUGUACCAGCGCCCCAAUCUCUACAGAAUCCUCCUCAAGUUGCUCGAACCGCUUCCAAUAUUACCUCUGCAACACCUGAACCUAAAGAUUCUUUUAAACGGCAAAAAAAAAUUGUCCCCGUGUGAUCAAGUCUUGGUUAAUAUUGGACAACGACUGGCAACAACAAAAGAAGAAGAUCACUACGACGCCUUUGGGAAGAACGUUGCUCAAAAGCUGAGAUUGCUGAACAAUGAGCAAAGGAUUUAUGCGCAGAAAAUCAUUAAUGAUGCCCUGUUUGAAGCAGAACUAGGUGGACUAACACGAUUUGCUACAGUUAACCCAGGUAUUCUUUACUCAAGUUCCACAACACCAUCGGCAGCUAGUGUUACCCCAAGUUCAGGAGGUAGAUCAACCUAUGAACCAAUGUAUGAUGAUACAGCAAUGUCUGGCUUCAGUGUCAACUAUACAAAUCUAAAUUAAGUGUUCUAUUAUUAACAAGUAGGCUUAAACCUGUAAACUUUUCACAACCCAAGCUGUGCGGUUUUUUAGUAGGCCUACUCCAGUAGUUGAGUACAUUGAGAGUUAUAUGUUGAACAAAUUACAUUUAUUAUUUUUUUUUUGUUUGUGGUGAAAAUAUUUUGCACUCAAUUAAAAUUACACUUUAAUCUUUAUUCAUAUGCGGUACUGUUGUGAGCUGCCAUGUGUUUGUAAUACUAGAUUGCAAUGUUAUGUUUGACAGUGUCAUAGUUUUUAUAAUUAUUACUUUACUCAUUUGUGGUUAAACAUACACCAUAGGUACGUAUUACUUUUUAUCUUUAUACUUACAUUAAUUAAAUUGAUUUUUUACUUUUUCUUCCUUAGUUAUAAAAAGUAAAUGUGUUGUUUGUACAACGCAACAAAUACAAGUAUGGAUAAUAUAAUGUUUACAAUAAUUUUGUAUGAGUUUCAUUACCUUUUACUACUUUAUAAAAAUGGUUAAAUGUUGUGUGCACACAGAAAUGAACUCGUAAUCGUUAGAGAUACUGGAGUUGUAAUUUAAAAUUAGCAAAAAGUAGUGACAUAAUACAAUGUGUAGGCUAUGUACCUUAACAAAUCCAUAAGCAGAUUAAAAAUAUUGUAAUUUCUUAACAGUAUGUUGGCAUUCGAAAACAACAAAGACCUACUUUAUUUCUUUUUCUAACUUUUAUCUGGUUUCAUAUUUUGGAUUUUUCAAAACUACUUGAAACACACAUUAGGCUACUAACC